UGAGCGGAAAGGAGGGACAGAAGAAUCACAACAAUCUCGUUACUACAGCUCUGACAGCUCUCUUUUGCCGCUGAAACACGUUGCCUUUUUGUUGACACCGAGAACGGACAUGUCACGAAAACCCAAAGAUGAAUAUUACCGGUUUUUUAAUGUUAGCGACCCACGCACCCACGAGAAGGGACACACCGAGUACAAAGUGACAGCAAGGUUUGUGUCCAAGCGUCAUCCAGAAGAUGUGAAGGAGGUUGUCGUGUGGAGGAGAUUCUCAGAGCUGAAGAAGCUCCAUGGAGAGUUGGCCUACACACACAGAAACCUGUUCAGGAAACAGGAGGAGUUUCCAUCGUUUCCCCGCGCACAAGUCUUUGGAAGGUUUGAUGAGGCUGUGAUUGAAGAGAGGAGAAAGGCUACAGAGGUCAUGCUUCUAUUUACCACCAACAUACCUGCACUCUACAACAGUCCUCAGCUCAAGGACUUCUUCAGAGGUGGUGAGGUCACAAGGCCACUGGAUGCCACCCCUCUGUCCUCUGCCGGGGCUCUGCCUCCCCCUCUCAUCCCCCUCCCCAAGCGAAGGGCUUCAGACUGUGAACCCGCAGAGGAGGAGGAGGGGAGGGAGGCUCCCACCUUACCCCAAGACCUGGGCAAUAACCUGGACUUGGAAGUGGGAGAACCAGAAGUGGCGGCUGAGGCUUAUACUGAGAUGGGAGGCUCUCCGAAAGAAGAACAAGAGACACUCAGCGAUACAGAGCUGGAUGACAGAAUUCCGUCUCCUGACCCAAGUCCAGCCAGAAACCACCAAUCACAAGAGUCCCAGGAAGAAUUUGAUUCACUGUUUGACUCAGUGACAGAAGAGCAUGUCCCAUCCCUGAAAGAGGAAGGUCCACCUCCUCUGACUGAUAAUGACUUGGCUGUCUUUGAUCCCUGCUAUAAACAAGAUAAAUCCAAUUCUGCCUGUGAUCAUUCAGAGUUGUUCUCACUGCCGCCAACCAGUCUGGAUGGAGGGGAUGUGGGUUACUUAAACCAAGCUGCCACCGAGCUAACAGCUGCAAUGGAGAGAGAGAAGGAGGGUGAAUUUAGUUCAGCCAUUCGUGCAUACAGGACGGCGGUGGAUAUACUGAUCACUGGAGUACAGGGAGACCCAGAUCCAAUGCGCAGGGAGUCAGUGAUGAGAAGGACAGCCCAGUAUCUGAAGCACACGGAGAUGUUGGUUGACAGGCACUCCUCGCCCACACACUCUCACACACCUACACACACACAUACACAGCACCCUUAGACGCACACCUUAUAUACACUGUUCACACGCAUGAAGACAGAUCAAAGACAAAGAAGCUCAGGGUUGUGACACACAAACACACAUACACGUCGCACACACACACAAUUUUUUUCUCUAAUUAUAUAGGUAAACCUACACAAAUGUACAAUUACAUACAUUAUGUUGACUGUAUACACACACAUACAGUUAGAGAACAUACUCAUUUGGACCAGCACACACACACACACACACACACACACACACACUCCUGGCGCACACACUACUCUGCAGACUGCUACUUAAGCUGCCUUUGUGUAGUAUCUGUGAUUUACUAAAUCUAAAUCUAAAGUAACUGUCAAUUUCCUGCAUUAACUGUCAACUUAACGGUUAAUGGUCCUGGAUUCUUACCUUCAUUUUUAUAAUGUCAUCUUGUCAAAUAUGGUAAUGUGUGUGUAUAUCAGUAAUUUGCAUUUUGCACAAACAAUAAUUUUGUUAAUAAAUUUGAUUUUAAUUUAAGUCGAUGAGAUAUCUG